AUGGUAGUGAUUCGCUUACCAAACCAGGAUUAUAUAUUUCCAAAGAACAACCCAAAGGAUACUGCGCCUAACAACGAGCGUGGUAUUGAUACAGAACUUCGUAGCGCUCAGAUCGAGUUGCGUCUCAGUGAACUAGAAGAAGCGUAUCGCGUCUUGGAAAUCAUAUGUGCUGGAGACGGCGAGAAGAUCGCGCGGCAAAACCGGCGUUGCGAAGGCUUUGUUGGUGGCUCAUCGCGAGGCUUGAAGGGAAUCAAUUGGCAAAGAUGGAAAGGCAGAUUCCAUGUUGACAAGAUGAUACUUGCUGGGCAUAGUUUUGGGGCUGCGACGGUUGUCGAAGCUCUCAGACAUACAGCUAGGUUCAGAAAUGUGCAAGCUGGAAUCAUCUACGACAUAUGGGGGGCCCCUAUCAAACCACCAGCGGAGGAUCCCAAGCACCGCAUCAAUCUACCCUUGCUCUCAAUCAGUAGCGAGGCAUUCAUGUACUGGGAAAAGAACUGGAACGCCGUCAUGAGCCUGAUGGAGGAAGCGAGUGAGCAUGGUGCACCGUCUUAUCUGUUCACCGUCAGAGGCUCAGUGCACAUCUCACAGUCCGACUUUUCAAUCAUGUAUAGGCAUCUCACGUCCUUUCUCAUGAAGGCGACAGUGCACCCACAGCGGGCAAUUGAUCUUAACAUCUCGACAAGUUUGGAAUUUCUCCGGCUAGUAAUUCCAUCUGCCGGAGGUGGAAAGGCGAUUAUCGACCGUUGUAUGACGGACGAGAAGAUCUUGGAGACACCUGUUCUAGAAGUGAUGCCAACAGAUCACCGUCCAGACGACGAAUGGAUCGCUGCGAGGCUCCGUGUCGAACAUGAAUUCAGAAAACGCGUAGCAUCUAGUGUGCAGAGGAAGCUCAAACGGAAGAAAAAUGGAAACGCUGGGGUUUACUCCACUUCAGAUGAGAUGUGGUGCCACUUUAAACCCACAGAAGAAGAUUUAAAAAGAUGGAUAGAGGUGGAAGACAAAGGAGCGAAUCGCAGAGAUGACAGUUAUGCACAAUCUCGAAGACACACAGAAUCAUACUGGAGAAAAACCUGCGAUGGAUGCAAUUGA